UUGUAGUGAUAUUUGGCAUAAAUACCACGAGUGAUAUUUCGAAAUUGUUAUACGGAAUUUCACGAGCCGUUAGGCGAGUGAAAUUUGCGACAAUUUUGAAAUAUCAUGAGUGGUAUUUAUGCCAAAUAUCACGUGCUAAUCAUGCUAUUAUUUGUUUAUACUACUACCCACACAAGGUUUGUAAUUUUCACAUGUAGGUAUUUCAAAUUAAGCUGAAAUACUACUGCUCUAAGCCAAUCAAAUUGCAGAAAUUUCUCAUAUAGUAGUAUUUAGCGGUUAAUUUUCUGUGCGAUUGCACGUGAUUACAGCCAUUAAUGAGAGGUUGUGUUAGGUUUUUAAGGAUUUUUUUAAAUAUAAAAUUGAUCAAUAGGGAGCUUAAGCAGCAACGUUUCUAAGCGACGCACGUCAACCGGAAGUGGCCUUUUCUCAUUUUUUGACGGUGAUUUCGCGCAAAUUUUCAGUCAAAUCGCCUUUAUAACAGUAAAGAAGCUAAGGAAUACAAAUUUUAUAUCAUCAAGGCAUGUUAAGAGGGAAAAUACCUCACUUCCGGUUGACGUGCGUCGCUCAAAAACGUCGCUGCUUAAGCUCCCUAAUAGGUCUACUUUCUCUUGAAUAUUUCCUCGAGCGUCACCGUUUGAAUUGCGUGGCGUCAUUUAAAGAAAGUCGAUUUCCGCCAUCAGGCGUUACUAAAUCACGUUCUCAUAGUUCAAAAUGGCGACCCACGUAAGUUUUGGCCAUGUCCACACCAAUCCGCACAUCUUUGAAACCGCAUAUUUUUUUAUAUCCGGAUUCGUGUGGACGCGGCCUUAUUCGUGUUUCUAGUACAUUCAAUUUUGUAUCCAUUAGAAAAAUAUUUGCCGUUAAAAGUUAUUUCUAUCAAGUUAGCUCUUCUUCUUUACAAUGGAUUUGCCCUGAAAUAAUGCAAUGCACUGCUCACUCAGUACACAAAACUGAGUUUCUGUUUUCCUUUAUUUUAGCUUCUUUCAGGGUUGUGUAUGCUGCCAUUCGUCUAUUUGGUUUCAUUCCUGUUUAAAGGGCCGCUUGCAGCCUAUGCGACGACCGUGUUUGUCCUGUCUGUUGUUAGUAUGGUAAGACGAGUCACCUACAUAGGUAAUAUUGUUGAAUUUACUCAACUAAACAGGGACUACCAUUGGUUGAUUCUCGGUCAAGUGACCUUGACAAAAUUCGAAUGCAUCCCGACCGUGAUACAAUUCAGUAAUUGACCACUUCAGAAAAUACCAUAACAUACCAUAAUACUCUUUGUUUUUAACCCCCAAAUUUUGCAUAAGCAUUGUUUUCAGUUUCUCUUGGGGCCUUUUCAACUCCCAAGAGAAACUGAAGGCAAUGCUUAUGCAAAAUUUUAGGGUGACAAACAAAGAGUAUUAUGGUCUGUCUGUUAUGGUAUUUUCUGGAGUGGUCAAUUGUACCCCGCACGUGAUAGAGCAGCAUGUGAUCAAAGCAUGCUGGACAGUUGUGUUACCACCAUGGCGAGAGAAACGCGGCCAGUUUUCACGUUCGAGAAUGAACGCAACAACAUCAUGAAGCCUGAAGCUUAAAAGCACUUAGUAUUGUCGAAGUCAUCCAAGUCGAGAUGCAGAGUAUUUUUGUGGAAAAAUCAGCAGGGACAUACUUACCCUUGCAUGCAGGAGAUUAAAUGUCUUCUUUGCUGAAAAGCACUUCUUCUUAGUGGUUGUAACUCGGCCUUCCAUACAACCAGCGCCCUUCCCCCCCACCCCCCUCACCCCGUCAAUUAAUAAUAUGAAGUAAUUUUGGUUUUGUGGGGGCAUAACAAUGAUUUUUCCUUUUUUCAUUUUAGGCAUUUCUGAUAACAAACAAUAUCCUCACUUUUAACGGCCAGAAAGACGAUGCUGAUAUUGUUCACUUUAUCGGUCUGUUAUUUCCAACCUACUCGUAAGUUUGCCUUUUUUUUGACAUAUUUACCUUUAUUUGUUGGUCUUGAGUCAUAUUCUUCUCUCCUGUAAUACUAAACGGAAGAGUCAUAUAAUCGGAGAGAAAAUUUGAAAAUCUGGCGGGAAAUUUGAACGUUUCAAAAACAUAAAAAAAUCUAAAAAUGUCUGGUUGAGUUUAAAUCGCAUGGGUUCUCGUUUUAACGCAGGUAGCCCAAGCUCGAAAUAUGACCAUCAGCACUGUUGCGUAACGUUCAAAAUAUAAGGAUUUGUAUGGGAGAAGAAAUAAUUGUUUCUGUAGCCUACGGAUGUGAAAGGAUUUAAAUAAAAAUCGGCUAACCUUCUUCUUUCCUGUUUGGUUUCCAAGCUGAUAUAUGGCCAUUUAAUGAGUUUUGUGGGAACCAGUUUGCUCUCUCGAAUGGAAAGGAUUAUAGAGACCUAUAGAAAGAUAUGUAGCCAUUUAAAAAUAUUGCGAGCCUGGGCCACUUGUAGUUCAGUUUAAUAAAACCUAAAAUCUUUAGGUCAGGGCACUAUAAAUUAAGUAAUUAUGAACAUUCUUUGUGUUCGUUUAAUAACAGCCUUUCUGCCAGUAUCAUGGACAUCAGUCAAAACAAUAUGAAUCGAAAACACUGCGAGUAAGUAAACAAUCCCCUGUUCAUUUUUUUAGUGCCUUUUAUAUUAAAUUUGUCUUGGAAAUACAUUCACAUGCACUUAAAUAAACCCACUUCUCGAGAUUCAUUUCUAGUAAUAGCCCUUAUGCAUGUUUACGUCACACAAGCAAAUUUCACCACCAAGCCUCCUUUUGAAAUUAAAAAUAAGCGAAGUUUCACAGAAAUGAAUUCCCAAGGCAGUAGAGUUGAAAAGAAUACCCACGCACAAAAAGUGCAAAUGCAAAAAAUUUUGUUCACAAACGAGGCUUGUUGGUGAAAUUUACUCGCCUGACGUAAUCAUGCGUAGGGGCUAUUAGCUCCUUUGCACACGCUUGGAUUUCACUUAGUAAUGGUUCGAUAGGGGGAGGGGAGGGACUCCUGGGAAUUCUUGGUGAGGGUGUGCCGCUCGGUUCUCCAAAUCGGUUCUCAAUCGGUUCCCUCAAAAAAUGCCGGUCUUUUUCACAUCCAUUCUUACAUCUGGCCUUUAAGAAAUUAUGUCAUCAUUGCUUAGAUUAGAACAGCAACAAAAAAUAUUUCUUAAAAUUCAUUUCGAAUUCUCAGAUUUCUCUUUCUUUCUUAUUCGUUUGGAAUGAAACAAUAAAUACGUUCGUGUAUUCCCCUAGUUCCCUUGCAAACCAUAUCCGAUUCCAGACCAAAAUGAACUAAGUCUAUACCCGUUCUGAGACCAAAACGGCGCAACACCGUGCCCUUUGGGGCGGCACAUACCCAUAUGACUUAUAUAGGGAAGUAAACCCCCCCCCCCCCCCGCGGGCGGGGGUUUGCCGAAUGGCAAGCCAUCACAAAGCUUUGAAUGUUAUCAGUCGAAGCCUUCCUGGGUUAAUUUAAACGUCCUUUAGGCCUUCUUGCCGAGUCAUUUCGGUUAAUUUUCAACAUAAUUAAAAAUAAAAAAACUAUAAAUUGUAAUUUUUUACCCAUUAAGCACCAAAGAGUUCUUAAAAACUCGUUUAAGCGUCUCCGCGCGCUCCAGAUCGAAUUGGAAUUUGGAAGUAUUGGUUUUUGAGGAGAGAUGGAAACCAGAGUACCCGGAGAAAAACCUCUCGGAACAAAGGAAAGAACCAACAACAAACUCAACCCACAUAUGGCUUCGAUGCUGAGCUUUAAAGUCGGGCCACACUGGUGGGAGGCGAGUGCUCUCACCACUGCGUCACCAUUGCUCUCCUAACUAGCCAGGAAUGGUUCACUGACUCGAUCGCAAUCAAAGCUUUGUGAUUGGAAUGAACGCUUGGAUGGCGUGCCAUCCAGAGAGCCUUGCUAAGUGGUAUCCAAGCACGUGACCAAUUUCUGCAAAGGAAUUAUUGUGACUCUUACCUUAAACCUGUCAUUGACUCUGCAGACCUGGCCUUCCUUGCACGUGGACAAAAAAUGUUCUUGAUUGGGACCGUCCGGGGGUGGGUCAGGCUACAUUGUACAUGUUCGUGGAGGCGAUUGUUUUGUUCCUAUUCAUUCUUCUUAUUGAGGUAAACAUUUCGCUAGACUGUCCUUCAUGCCCUAUUUUUUCGGCGGUUGUUAAGCGCGAACACGUCUUUCAAAAGGCUGCCACUUGAUUUGGCACGGUGAAAUGCUUAUUUCCAGAAAUAUCCAUAUCUCGCGAAGGCACUUUUGUUUGGACGACCCAACCCAAUGUACUUGUCAUUGCCCAUCGCCUCUGGAAUUUCCAUGAUUUUCCCACUUGGUUGGAUAUCCCCUGGAAAGAAUAUUUCUGUCAAAAAUGCUGAUGCACUAUACUUCAAUCUAUGCCAUCUCCUUCCCCUCGGAUAUCGCCGCCUUUUGGACCCCCUUCCCCCCUUCCUCAGAAUAUCCUUUGUCCUUGGUUAGCGUGUAUGUAUAUUUUCUGGAACUACACAAUCUUGGCGAUUGCAAGUAAACCGCGUGCUUCCCCAAUAUUAUGAAAGUUUCGCUUUGGUUGUCAUUUUUAGUAAAAGAUGGUGGCUGUGGGAUUGUGAACAGACUGUUUUUUUGCGUGAUAUUUUCAUCAGCGGUCACCAUGUUUUGAGUUUUUUUUAGUAGUUCUUUAGCCUUUUUAUUAGAGCGUUGAUAUAUUGCGCCGUUUCGCCAACUUAAGUAGUUUGGUUUACUUUUUGCUGUCAGAGAGCGUCUGACAAAUUGUUUUGUUUUUUGUUUUUAUCCACAUACCUUGUCUAAACUUUUUUUGUUUUUUGAGACACUUGAUUUGGCUUUAAUUCUUGGGUUUGUUGUCCUAUUAAUUUCAUUCAAAUUAACUUUAUUUUUUCUCAUGGUUUCUUUCACAGAUGAACUUUUUUAUCAGUGCAAAGGUUAACAUCUCUUCAGAGCCCCAAAUGAGGAGAAAGGAAGGAGAGGUGUAAUAUUACCUGACUUUAUUUUCAGUGUUUGUAUACGUUUCUAUACCGUGAUCAAUGCUGAAAAAAAGCUCUGAAUUGAAGUAUAUAAACUGGUGUUUUUAGGCACUUGACUUUUGUCUUGUCUGCUUCCAAAACCGUAGCUAUUUUGACGAUGUGUGUUAUUUCACCAUCGAUAUGAUCAACUUAAAGUCAUUUAAUCACGGGCUAAUUGUGGCAAAAUGUCUUUGUAUUGAUGCUUGUAAUUAACUCUCGCUAUAUUAUUUAAGUUAUUUAAAUACAACGUCUUUGCCAAAUGCUGCUCAAAGUUUUCUAUUUAUUGCUUUCGACGGAGGAAAACACUUAAUCCAUAAGUAAUUUGAAAGUUUUCCCUUGAACGCUAGCUACAUACAGUAAAGGACUCAAAUUUAGCACCACAGAGGGUAUAACGUCAUUUCCACGUCCAUGCAGCUCAUGAUCCUGACGUACUUCCUUGUCCUUAUCUACUACUCUUGUAUUUGUUUUAAUUAUUUUUGUUUAUUUAAAACAGGACGAAGACGUUUUUAACGAGCGUGUUCGCAUAUUGUCUGACCAAGAAGGUAAUGCGGUUGAAGCUGAGGCUGUCGUACUCAAAGAUUUAACAAAGGUUUGUCAUACAGUCAAUUCAAUGUAUGGUAAAAAUAGCCCACGGGUACUUCUCUACGCAUUAAUUUGUAUCAAGCGUUUCGAUGCAUAUGCCUGUUACUGACAACCCAAAUCCUGGUCGGUAGAACACCCUAUAAACCUCCAUUACCCGCAACCCGGCCACACAGCCCGCCCGCCACACCCAGCCCAAACCCUAGCAUGUCCCACUAAGACUGCAGGCUCAGUGGAUGUUUGGAGGGAAGCAACUGAGUAAACGAAACCUGAAGCUACGGGGGAUGGGGGUGAAGGAGUAGAAAAGCAUUAAAAGUCCAAUCACAGCGAAUCGCCUCGAGCACUAAGGAGUGUUAUAUAUAAACUACGAGCCCGAGUGGAAAUGCACGCAUUAACCGCGCGAGAAUGCCGCUGCUCUUUCAACUGCCGAAGGCCCAGUGGCGCAACAGUGGAAAGUGCCAUAAUGCUAACCUAAAAGGGCAGCCAGGGUACCAAAACACACGAACACUACGCUGCGCUGCAAUACCAAGCGCGUUUGCUCUAAGUAGUUAACCAAGCUUAAUUACAUUGAACCCUAUAAUUCACAUUUGACUUCUUUUUGCGGCUGUUCACAGGUCUAUCGAGGUACACACGUAGCUGCAGUUGAUCAUCUUUGUCUUGGUAUUCCACGUGGAGAGUGUUUUGGUCUCCUUGGUAUAAACGGUAGGUGAACCGUUGCAGAACUAGAUAGUAUCCCUUCCUGUCCCCUUCCUCACCCAACUAAAUCCACGGACGUACAAGUCUGUUGAUCAAAUGGUUGGACGAGAUGAUUUAUUUUAAAUGCAUACAUUAUAAGCUGUGGUUUAACGAACAAAAUUUUAUUAAGUACCAGGAGGGUUGCUUUAUCAUUGUGAAGUCCAUACAGAUUUAUCGUAUUUGUGAAGUGAAGCAAUCAGUCGAGAUCUGCAUCAAAAGUUAGUGAAUAUAUGUACUCAUAUACAGAGGGUAAUUUUACUAUUCAAUAAUUCAUCAACCUUGUUGAUUUGGAAUGUUGCUUAUGGAGUUAUACAUGAGACUGACGUGCUACCUAUUGAUUGGUCGAUAUUAUAUUGAUCAACUAUUGAUUGGUCAAUAUUAUAUACUGCUCAAUAUUGAUGGGUCGUUGAUCAAUGUUUUUGAAGGUGCGGGUAAGACAACGACAUUUAGCAUGCUGACAGGAGACCUUAGCAUAACGGAAGGCACUGCUUACCUGGAUGGAUUCAACAUCCAAUCAAAUUUGAAGCAGGUACUACAUCAUUCUAUCCAUUACAUGUUUACCUUUCUUUUCUUGCAGACAAUAGUUCACUCUCGCGUUUACCAUGAUCGCUGAUUUUUUCUCUUUAUAAGAGAGUACAAGUUUUUAAUUUUGUUUGCCCUGCCACUUAAAAUUUUCGUGUUUUUAACAGGUUCAACAGAGAAUUGGUUACUGUCCUCAGGUAUGUAAUUUACUCAAUUUUUUAAAUUUUUCUUACGAAUGUUUAUGGGCGCUUCUAUGGCACUAGUCUCCUUCGCGGCCGUUUGUUGUGUCGUCACGCAACGGUUCUCCGCACAGUAGUGUUGUGUGGCGACUCAAAAACGGCUGCGAGAGGACUCAUAUAGCACUUGCUACUGAAUAAAGGGACAAUUCAUUGUAUAUUGUUACAUUUUCAUUUUGCUUUCUCUGCCAGGAAAUAAAUAUAAUCUUGCUGACUGCACUCUAUAGCACUCUAUGCACAGAAAAUCUUUAAAACAUUUGGAGAAACAUUUCAAGCCUGAAUGAAGUGAAUGGAGACAUUUUCAAUAAAAAUCGUAUCCAUGCAUAAACUUUACGUUUCUCGUUUGUGUUUGUUUUUCAGUUCGACGCGCUAAUCGAACUUCUGACUGGACGGGAGAUGCUAACCAUGUAUGCUCGGUUGCGUGGAGUUCCAGACGAGAAGAUCAAAGGCAUUGUUUCAGACAUUAUUCACCUUCUGCGUCUGGAGAAGUGGGCGGACUCUCUGUGUGGAAACUAUAGGUACACCCUUGGUCUUAGUUAUUGUCUUUUGCGUUAGGCCUCGAUUACAUGGAGAAAAGUUGUCCCGGGAAAGAGCACUCCUAGCCGAGUCAACGUAAGCUACAACCAGUUCCAAAAGUACUUGAGACUCUGUACCGUAUUUUUGCAUUAAUGGCCUGUCCAUAGUCUUGUGCUUGUGAUCCCCCCUCCAACCCACAUCAAAGUUGCUAGCAAUACAAGACCAUACUCAAAACGUGGAGGAACAACUUUGAAUGGGAGGGAGGAGGGAGUUCAUAUCUCACCGACCUGUGACUAGCAGCGAUUUGAAGCAUGAAAGGUUUUUAUUUCGUGGGAAUGUCUCAACAUUUUUGUAACUAGUUGUCGCGUUAAGGAAAAAGCUAACCUCUUUGCUCGAGCCAACAAUGCUGGCGCAUACUCUGAUAGUCUCGCCUUGGCCGCGUUGAUGCGGCUGGGCGAGAAACGUUGGCCCGGCUAGGAGGGGAACCCUACACUGUGCCAUCAAAACUUAUUUACCCGCCAAGCUGGCUCACUCUUCUAGCCUAGCCAUCCCUUUUUUUUCUCAUGUAAACUGUUCGCCAAGUUUUUUAAGGAGAUGGAGGAAAAGUUGUCCGGCCCAGGGUAGGUCGCGUAGGCGAGUGACCCUUCAACCCGUGACACGCUUUUCUCCGUAUAAUCGAGGCUUCAUUUUUUCCUUUUGUUGUUAAAGGUCUUUUUGAGUGAGGUGCACUUAUCAUUUGUUUUUGUCUUGUUUUUCAGCGGUGGCAACAGACGAAAGCUGAGUACAGCAAUUGCUUUGGUUGGAAAUCCACCAAUUAUAUUCCUGGUAAGCACCUUAGCACGGUAAAUUAAACUGUACAUCGUAUUGUGGUUCUUUGUUUUUUUACUGUUCUGCCUUUGGAAGGACAAAACUGCUCCCUCGAGCCGGAUGAGAAUCCGUGAGCUGGCAGCUACGGAUAGCCAAAGCUUGAGCCUUUUAGGUCAGUCUAAAGAAAUGAAAAAAAAACCUCUGCCCUAUUAGCUCAGUAGGAUAAGCACCGAUCUACCAAGCGGGAGGUCGUAGGUUCAAACCCCAGCCGGCCCACCAACCAGGGUCUUACAAAAAAGACUAGCGAGAUCAUGCUGGCCUUAAUCUAAGACUUUAUCCCAGGUCAGAUGAUCGCUUCAUUGGGUGGUGACGUUAAGUCGUUGGCGUUGUCUCCUCCUUUUUCCUUAUCAAUUGCACGUUAUAAAACCCGCAGUGCUAAUAAAAAAAAGUAGAAGACCAGAGCUAGACCCCUGUGGUGUGGUCUGUUUGUUACGGGGGAAGGGGACUGUCACGGGCCCGCAGUAAUUUGCUUCACGCUGUUGUGGUUAACCUGCCAAGAAUUGGCGAAUCUAGUAAAAAGAGAAAAGAAUUUUGAGCAGGAGUCACGGAACAGAGUUUCAAGGCUUCCUGCCUGGACUCUGCUAAUGCCUGUCUGGAUCUUCAAAGAAAAGGAAAUUACCAUUUCAAAUUAUGUAUGCCUUUUGUUGGUCUUGCCCCAGUGCGACGUUUGCAUCCCAGCACGGCGGUUUUGUACCACGUGAAUGGCAAGCUACAAAGGGCCUAUUUGAAACCACUAAGAUGCUUCAUUGUUUGUUUUGUAGGAUGAACCCACCACUGGUAUGGAUCCAGUUGCCCGACGCUUUCUCUGGGAUACAUUGACAGGUGUCUUGAAAGACGGACGCUCCAUCGUGCUGACGUCACACAGGUACACGCAUCAGGGACCUUAAGAUCCGACGACGGCGAGGGCAACGAGAACGUUAAGAGAGCAAUAGGUUAAGAUUAGCAAAACGACAUCUUUGCACGUGCAGCACACUUUUUUGUUCAUUUCUUUGCCAUCACCGCACGGCUACGACGUGAAAAUGUCUAAUUUCACGUUUUAGGGAGGACGUAAAGAAGUCACGACGAAAUUGUCUUUCUCUUUCUGAACUUAUGUAACAUGGUUGUUAGGAAUUGAACUCCUGGAGAGUUCGCCUGUUUUUGACAAAGUAAGUGAGUUGGAAUAAUCGCGAUGAAGAUUGAAAGAACGCGAAUUAACUUUUUAAGUGACUUGUUCGCUGUCGUCGCCAUCCUCGGAUCUUAAGGUCCCUAUACGACUUGCACGUGCUACCGAAACAGAUUGAUACUCGUGAACAGGGAAACCAGGAACAAAUAUACGGCUUGAAAUACCGUACAAAUUCUUUUAAGCACAUGUUUGGGCAGUGCAUUUGGUUAAACUAGACUGUUCCAGUGUCUUUUGUUCAAUACCAAGUGGACCCACUAUGCACCAGCAUUUCACGAAUUUGCUUAUUUAGAAUAGAACGUAUUAGUGCGAUCGUAAUUUGUAGUGCUAAAAUAUAGUGUACUUCGUGUAUUGGUUUGUUUCAGACGCCAACCUCCUAUUUGUUCCAAAAAAUUAACUUCAAAACGAUAUACUUAAAUAUCCUCGCUAUUUUAGCAGUUUUCGCCUGGCAUGGCCAAGAGCGCUUGUUUGCAGGCUAAGAAUGGAAUAAUUACGCACCAGUGAGGCUGAGGCUUUAAACAGGGUUUUUGUUUUGUUUUGUUAGUUUAUUUUUGUUACGCACAGACUCAAAUUUGUAGCAUCUUAGCGGUAAAAAUGUUGACGUGGCUUUCUCUUUCAGCAUGGAAGAGUGCGAGGCUCUUUGUACAAGACUAGCGAUUAUGGUGAACGGACACUUCAAAUGUCUUGGCUCCACUCAGCAUCUUAAGAGCAGGUAAGGCAAGCUCGGGGCUUGAAAAAUUCUUGAACUCCAGCACGUAUUUUGGGCAAGCAGCUCUCAUAUUUUUUCAUGCCCGGGACAACUACGUGCUUAGAGGAUAACUUUCCUGGACACUUGUGCAUCGGGCAAGUGAGCUUUAAAAUUUACUUAUCCAGCAAGAAAAUCUACUUUUCCCGGACCACCAGACGGGACUUCUUUUUCUAGCCCUGCAAGCUCUAUACUGAGCCAUUCCGUUCCUGAGUACCGUUACCUCGAUGCACCAUGGUAGAAUGUUCUUAGUACUUAUCGACAGAGCAAAUGAGUUUAAUUCGGUAUGUUGCAGUUUAAACACGUCCCAAACCCUUACGAUAUUUUUACGUCAUGUUCAGUGAGCUUGAAUAGAAUGCCUCUCUUAUUAUAAAAAGCUUUAACUACAUAGUAAGGAAUCUUUCGUAUAAAAUAAGCCUGUAGAUGGGAAGCUUUUGAUGUCCUAGUUUAUACUUUCUCUCGUGUUCUUAAUUUCCGAUCGAGUUCAAACUCAGAUCGGCCGUUGCUCUUCUUGAUAAAAUCAUUCGUUAUUUUAUUCACCAGAUUUGGAAGAGGGUAUACAUUGAUGGUUAAGGUCGGUAGCCAGCAACCUACGGUCUCGCUCACAGGAAUAGCUGACUCUGAAGGUAAAGUAAAAAUUAUACGUUUCUGGGAAACUGCCCACCUACCCCUUCCCUUAGCCAACAUUAACACUUGCUUCUCACUUAGGGAAAAACGUUGGCUUAGGGGAGGGGUAGGUGGGCAGUUUCCCAGAAAAUUAUAAUGAUCCCAGUAAAUGAAUUGGUUGAUAAUGUUAACGGGUUCAACGAAUUGAAAACUUCCUCAGUAUGGCAUCAGUCUGUAGGAACUUGUGGUUUCCCAAAGAAUUUUGCCCUCACAUUUCCCGUUAGGGUCGCCUUAAAUCGUAGGUUAACGCAUUGAACUUCAAAAUUAACUGUGAAGACAUGUAGUAUAGGUAAUUCAAUGGUAACUGUCAACGGAGCCUAUGAACGGAAAUCAUAGGCGCAGCAUUGAUCGCUAAGAACGUAAGAGAAAGAUUUUCCAAAAUAAUUAGAGCUUGAAUUUCUGACAUAGAGUCAGUGUGUGGAAUUUUGUGUUUUAAAAUUUUCUAAAAAAAAUAGCGUUGUUUUCAAAUCUAAUUUUAGGCGCUGUUGGGAGAAGAAGAGUGAAUAUAUCCAUUACAUGUCACGAUACUUGAGACAAACAAUUGUUAUCGACCCAUUUUGUUGGGAAAUUUAGUGUAGGUUUUUUUGUCCCAGAGCAUGCACUUGCUCCUCUUUUCUAAGUCAGGUUCUUUUAGAAAAUUAUGUCUUCGGUUUGUUACUUCUAGUAAAUCGUGUUGAAGUUGUACCCGCCUUUCAAAGUCCCCAUGCUGUUCCUUCAAGCCAGCCCCAGGUCUUCGCCAAUCCAACGGCUCAACUGGACAACCCUGAUUCCGCCGCAGCAAUAGAUGCUGUUAACAGAGUCAUGCAGUUUGUUACCAGUGCCUUUGGCGGAGCAACUCUUAUGGACAGUCACAGUGUAAGUCGUGCAAGUCCCAGUCUCCUUCGAAGCCUUCUUUGUGUCCCUGGAGAAGUGUUGCGUGACGACACGGCUCUGUUGGAGACUACUCAACUCCUGACUGAGCUCAAUUUUACUCUUAGGAAGCCAAACCUGUAUUAAGCGGACGCUCUUGGGGAAUAACCAGCAGCCCGCUUAAUACGGUUCUCAGUGCCGAGAAAUACAGCUCUAAGUAAAAUAGGCAAUGGCGUCAUUUCGUUGCUAGAUCAACUCCGAUUUCAUUGCAACCCUGAUCAUAACAAAUUUUCAUUUUCAUCUGAUACAGCCGUGGUGGUAAGUUUUCAAAUCUUUGUUAAUGACGACGUGGUUUAUGCUCAAACUUGGUAAGUAUUGACUCUGAAAAACCCCAUCGAGCCACCUUAAUAGAGGUGUCCGCUUAAUACUUAUUUGACCGUUCUAUCAAUACUAUACUGAACCGAGCAACCGCGAAAAUCAAGUUCGUGUUCUUCAGUUAAAUUUCCAUUGCAUGAAGUUUUACUUUUUAGAAUUGUGAUGGUUUGUGCUUUGUUUCUUUUAGGGAAUCUUGCAUUACCAGAUAGUUAAUGAAGCUCUGAGCUGGUCGUACAUCUUUGGUCAGCUUGAAAGAAACAGAAGUGCGUUGAACAUUGUGGAUUACAGCAUCAGCCAGACUACACUAGAACAGGUAAAGUUGCUAAGCUCAUUUUUGAGGAGCAAGAGUGGCACACUGGUGAGAGCACUUGCCUUCUACGUGCAAUGUGGCCCGGGGUUUCCGGGUACUCCAGUUUUCCCUCUCCUCAAAAACCAAAACUACCAACUUCCAUUUCGAUCAGUUAUGGUAGACGAAGAACCACUAUGUGAAUGUGCUACUUUUGAAUCAUUGUGUAUCUUUUUAUGUAUUUGCCAGUCUUCUCAAUUUUCCAAAUCUCAAUCUUGACUUAAAUGCGUGUUUAUUUACUUUUUUAAACUGAGAAAACGCCUGAGUUUUUUAACUCCAGGAUUGCCUGGGUAAAUAACGCGCGUACAAUGGCCAUCUAUGGCGACGCUGCGUCAAUUACCUAAAUAAAUAAGGUAAUAAUUGCGGGCGACAGGUUGCUACGCAUGCAUGGCACGUCUGUAGCCAGCAUUCGUUUUAUCAGGUGAAACGUUCGCAAAGCACUAGCUUUGGAGCAAGGGCGUUUUGACCUUCGAUCAAACUCGCCCGCUCUCUCUAGCUUUUGGUUAUUACCAGUCAUAAAGAUUAUAAAAUACCGGGUCUGAGAGUUGGCACUGGUGAACAUCGUUUUUGAGCAUAUUAGAGGCCCGGUCAGCGUCACAUUUGUGGGAUAUGGCCUUAUUAUUUCUCGGCUUUUCUUGCUAGGUUUUCAUCAACUUUGCCAAAGAGCAGCACUCAGAGGACCGCACUUCAGUCAAGCGAAAGUGCAUGUGUUUUCCUUGCUGUCGGUAA